CUGUUCGCUAUUCUGGUGGUGUUUAUGCGUGAACUGAGACUACUUAAUAGUGGUUGGUUUAUACUUUAUAGUAAUCUACUAGCGAGAAAUCUUGAGACAAUAAUACAGAUAAUACAGAUUUCAUAUGGUGUGAUCGCGGAGCAGGAAGAAUUUCAAAUAAUUGCAAUUCAUACAAAUGUGAACUUUAACAGCUUGAGAAUAAACUCGGUUUUCGAUUCACAAAUACUGUUCAAAAGGUCCUAA